CUGUGAGUACUUGGAAAGGUCUCCAGAAGAUGCAUCUUGUCUUGCUGAUCUGCUUCCUGGCAGGGACCACUGGGAAGAACUGCCUCCGCUGCUGGCCAGAGCUGCUGGCCAUGAUAGACUAUGACCUGCAGGUGCUCUGGGGCAGCCCAGGGCCACCCACAGAACUCUCACAAAGCCUACACUCCUUUUUCCUGGAGAAUAACACUUUAUUCUUACCCUGGUAUCUUGCUCGAGACAGUCUGGAUGAGGAAACAGCUACAUUCUUCACCCAUGUACACAACGCCAUUAAAAAGCUAAGAGAUGAUAAACCAGCACUGCUUGAAGAAAUUCGUGUUCAGAAGAGUCUCCUGGCUGAGAGGCUGAAAGAGAGGUCCCAGGACCUGAUGCAGAAGGUCUGCAAUGAUUCCUGUGACAUCCUCUCUGAAACGGAAGUCACUGCGUGUGCUGACUGCCAGAAACUCUACCUGUCCUGCAAUGACCCUACCUUUUGCACAGCCACGGUCACUCGGAGCUACAAGUGGGUUGUGAUCUUUUUCACUAUCUUGAUGCUCCUGGCUGUAGCUGGCAUUGGUGGUUACUUUUUCUGGCUCCAAAAGAAAGCAGUGGCAGCUGAUAAGAGAAGAGACAACCAGUUACCUCCUUCAGGAAAUGAGCAGCAACCAGGGCAGCCACCAAAGCCCAUCCUGUCUGAAAGCUAAUUGUCUCUGGCCCUGGGGACUCUCUAUCGCACAAAGCACUCCUCCCUGGAGCCAGGGGAGCUCUGACGCUCUGCAGUUCUGCAGACAAGACUCAUAUAUUCUCUCUCUCUCUCUCUCUCUCUCUCUCUCUCUCUCUCUCUCUCUCUCUCUCUCUCUCCUCCCACCUAAUACAUACACCUUUGUAAAUAGUUAUUAAAAACUUUUUUUUGAGAUUUG